AUGGAAGACUCAGACCAGUACCAGCCAGUUAGCAUCAGUCGGCACUCAGGCAACAGCGCAGACUCAGCACCGUCAGUCGCUCGGCAUCGCAACUCAGCACAGUCAUGCAGACUCAGCGACAGUAGGCAGACUCAGCAGCUGACGAGGUCCAGAGCCAGACUCAUAGCUAGUCAGGUCAAGACUCAGCACACCAGCUCAGGCCGAAGACUACAGCGCAUGACAGUCAAGAUCGAUAUUCGAGACUUCGCAUUCGCUCAGGCAGACUCAGCAUCAGUCAGGCCAGACUCAGCACCAGUCAGAACCAGGACCCUAGACGCAACGAUGCCAGACUCAGCAACAGUCUCAGUCCACAGGCUCAGCUCAGUCAGGCCAGACUCAGCACCAGUCAGGCCAGACUCAGCACCAGUCAGGCCAGACUCAGCACCAGUCAGGCCAGACUCAGCAACCAGCCAGGCCAGACUCAGCACCAGUCAGGCCAGACCUCAGCAGCCAGUCAGCGCCAGACUCAGCAGAUCAGCCGACUCAGGCAGAGCAGUGUCAGUCAGCUCAGCAGUAUCCUGGAAGAGGAUGGAGGACGCGAGGAGGAAGAUGUCUCUACCUAAUACAGGCUCUGCCUCUGAGACGACAAGAAACGCCGCCCAGCUCAGCUCAGCUCAGCCCUCCAACCCCUCACAGCCCAGCCCUCCAACCCCUCACAGCCCAGCCCUCCAACCCCUCACAGCCCAGCCCUCCAARCCCUCACAGCCCAGCCCUCCAACCCCUCACAGCCCAGCCCUCCAACCCCUCACAGCCCAGCCCUCCAACCCCUCCCAGCACUCUCCUCGGUGA